AAUAUUGAAUCAAACAUAAUUUUGUCUUCAAGUGGUAUAACUCAAAAUAGGAUUGAAUAAAAAAUUUAAUUUUAAUUACUUAAAUAUCCUAAUAGCGGAUUAAAUAAAUUUCUUCGCAAGAUUACACUACUGAAGGAGUGAAUAAACUUAUGAAUACCAUACUUGUGCGCAACAGCUGAUACACUAUAAGUAUUUUCAGUUUUUCAAUUUAUCAUGGCUGGUUCAAUGAUGGAAGUGUGCAAAAUCCUUGGAAUCGACAGGGUAGACAUGAGUGAUAGAAAGAUUGUCAUCGAGGAGCAACAUGGUAGUAAUGCGAACUUCCUGGUGCAGUCUGUCUUAUCAAAUGCGUUGAAAAAAAAGGAGUCUGUUUGUCUUGUUCUCUGUCACAACACUAUCGGCCAUUAUCACAAUAUUGGCGUACGAUUUGGCUACGAUCUUCUAAAGCUAAUUGAGAUGGGCCAGGUUAGAGUCGUCGAUCUUAUGAAGAUAGUGCUCAAUGAUAUUGACAAUACGUGCAAUAACGUUCCCACAAAAGGCAUGAUAAUUCCAAAUGUCACUUGCACGACGUAUCCAGAAAUUGCGGAGAGGCUUGCAGUGCAGAUCAAAGAGAAGUGCGAUGAUGCAGAAAGGCGUAACAGCCCUAUUAUUCUCAUUAUCGAAGAUAUAAAUCAUCUUCUUGAUCUCGGUCUCAGUGUGCGCGAUACUAUAUUCUUUGUGAGAUGUGUAGAGACAUAUAUAAACAUGCGUCCCAAAUCGCUACUUUGUAUCCUCGCGCACACAUACGGAAAGAAGAAUUCUGAGUGUUCAGAUACGGACAUGAUUGUUAACGCGUUAAAAUAUGAGUCGGACCUAUGCGUUACGACCGAGCCACUGAAAACGGGUCACUCCAAUGACGCAUCCGGUAAACUGAUUGUCCACUGGACAGUAAACGCCGUCAGAGCGAUGUACAAUUGGCCGGAGAGAAUGACAUAUCUGUUUAAAUUGCUAGAUUGGCAAGUGAAGAUUUCUACGCCCAGCGCAAUGUCGUAAGGUGGUUUAAUAUUUGUUUUUUCUAUGUGAAUUUUUAUAUAACGUUUAUACAUAUAUAAAAAAAUACAAAAUUAUA